AUGAUGGAAAGUUAUCCUCUCUUCGUGGUGCCGUGCAGACGUGGUGGGGUUCCAUGCCUUACACCUGAUCAAGUACGAGAUAUUCUAACCAAAGAAGAACGGGUGAUAAGUCUCUCUAUCUUUGAUGCUUACGAAUAUGUAAAUAUUUGUAAAAAAUCUCAGAAGGGAUUUGCAGAGUUUUGCGGCCUCGGUGAGUUUACAACUAUUUUAACGGUUCGAAGCCCACAUGUAGGGAUGCAUGCCAGUGCUCCAGCUACAGAGACCACUUUGUGCGGAAAUCAUGAAAAAGGUCGAAUCUCUUUUAGUAAUGAAAAAUGGAAAGAAGUGGUUUUGUCUAUUCAGCCUUCUAUAGCUAUUCCUCUUUAUGAUGCAGUGUCAUUGUAUGAAUCACAAACAAAACGAAGGCGAACAGCAGAAGGACGUUCUAUUCGUUGGUCAUCUUAUGCUGAUUCUAUUCAAAAUCAGAUCGAUUGUAAAUUAAUGAAACCGUUAUGUGUUUCGGAUAAUAAUACUAAGUACGUUUUUACAGAGGAACUUUGUCAAAAUGAAACCUUACAACAAUACUAUUCCUAUUUAAGUCAAAUUGGUACUGGAAAAGUAGUAAUGAGCACGGCCAUAUCAGUUUCUGCUAUUCUUAUGUGUUUAAAGACAGGUGUAUCAUUUAUUGAGUCUGCGUUACCGUGGAUAUUGGCAGAGAAGGGAAUAGCUUUGGUUUUUGAUUUAACUCCCGUUUCGGGAAAAAUACCUCCUCGAUAUGAAUCACAAAUCGAUUUAAAUGAUUAUACUUUCGCAGUGGAUAUUCAACCCCUGUCGUUAGAUUGUAAUUGCUACACAUGUUCACGACAUACGCGGGCGUACAUUCAUCAUCUUCUCACUGUUCAGGAAAUGAAUAGUGUGACACUUCUCACAAUACAUAAUUUGACGCGUUUGGUUCAAUUGGUUAGGAUUUACCGAAAUGCCGGUGUUGAAGAUCGUGAGUUGCUUUUAAAUUGGGUCUUCGCUCAGCUGUGA